AUGGAAGAUAAAUUUAGAGAAGCUUUUAUCCUUUUCAGUUCAUGUAAUGAUACUCUUGAAUUAUACCAAUUUUACGAAUUGGCUCAUUCCUUUGGAAUUAUAUUAACAGAAGAAGAGAAAAACGAAUUACCAAUCACCGUUCCCAUGAGUUAUUGGCUAGAUUUUGCAAAUAAACACUACAACAGAGACGACCCUCUUAAGCACGUUAAAAGUGUAAAUGACAACGCUAACAUCAAAAUAAAAAUCGAUAACUUUGUUGGAGUUAUGAGCGCAUUGGAUACAAGACUGACUGAUAAAGACAUCAAUUUAUUAUUAAAAAUUACUAAUCCAAAUAAUGAAGAUAGUAUAGACCUUAAGUCCAUUUCACAAAGAUUAGAAGAAGUUAUGUAA